AUGAUCAUCGAUAAGAAAAUGUCUGUUUCGAACAAGAAACGGGCUGUGUUGGUGCAGCUUUUACUUGAAAAUAAGUUUGCUCGUUUCGACAAGAAGGGCCGCAUUGUUAAAGAAGCUGAGGAUGAUCCGAACUCGCUUUUCGUUGCAGAAGAGCUUUUGCAAGAGGAGGAAGAAAACGUAGGCGAUGUCAGCAGGCUAAACUCGAGAGGAGUCAAUGAUUUGGAGCAACAUGAAAAUGAACAUGUGCCAGAAAAUAUUUACUCGCAUUAUGAUUACUUGCUUGGCAUGUCGCUUUGGUCCUUGACUCAUGAGAGGUACCAGAAGUUGUUACAACAGAAGGGAGAAAAGGAAGAGGAAUUGAACACCUUAUUACGGAAAAGUGCAAAAGACUUAUGGAACGAAGAUUUGGACGAGUUUUUGGCGAGCUGGCAAAAAUUCUUACAAGACGACGAAGCCGAAAGAUCACAACUUGUAGCCGGAGGUUCGAACCGCACUAAAGCCAAAAGAAGAAGAAAAGUGAAGGAUGAAGAUGACGAGGAUUUUGGGGCUCCUAAAAAGAAGGCACGUCCUCAGGCCAAACCCAAGGCUAAAAAGGCCACUCCCGAACCAGCGAAAAAACAAACAAAAUUGCCGUUCGUCAAAACUGAGUCGCCAACUGAGGGAGAGUCUUCAAAAAACGAGACACCUGUUGCCGUUGAGUCUUCGACCCCAGCCGACAAUCUUCCAACUUUCUUCAAGAAGGCUCCUGCCACCAAGCCCAAAAAACCAUCCACCAAGAGCUUCUUCGACAGUUCUGAUGACGAAGGUAACUCGACUCCCACAAUAGUUGUGGGCAGUUCCGACGAAGAGAAGCCCAAGACGGUGCCUAAGAAGAAAUCGAUACCAACAAUCCAAGACGAGUUGGAUGACUUGGUCAUUGUGAAAGAAAACACCCCCGGUCGCCGCCGUCAGCGAGUCAACUAUAGCAUUGAGGGAUCCGACGAGGAUGAAGAGUCUUCGUACGAGGAGUCUGACUAG